AAAAUCAGGAACCUCCAGCGAAUACGCACACACUUACCCACACACCCCAAAAAUAAAGAAGUAACAAACAGAAACUCUGUCCCUUUUCUACGGCCACUGCCAGGGUAGGUUGCCCUCUGCAGUGUAUCUCUGGCUGGCUUCUUUUUUGGGCCUUUGGAUACCUUUGAGGCCCCCCGCGUGAUAAGGUGCGUGAGUUAGAUCACUGGUUUCAUUUGGUAAGAGGAAAUUUAGCAGAGUUGAGCAAUGGUACGGGGACAGUUUUGAAAGCCCUUGAGAAAGCAUCAGAGUUGCAGAUCGAGUGUCAGGCGGCGAGGAACCCAUGCUGCAUCCGUACAGAAUGGAGGGGUACAUCAUCCCACCCAAAGAAGAGAGUAGAGAGAGAGUAACCUGGACUGGCUGGAUGUCACAGACACCGUCUGUACAAAAAGAUUACUGGGCAGUUUUAACCAAAGAUCAGCAAACAGAGGAAAUGUUUGAAUCAGAGAUGUAUCGACCACCAAUGGAGUAUCAGUAUAUCAUUGACGACAGUCAGAAUGAUCACACUUGGGAUUAUAAUACACAUCAUGUCCAUCCGGUGGAUUUCGAGAACCUGCCAGAGAGCCACUUCACAGAGCUACAGAGCGUACAGCCACUACAUGCAACGAAUGUGCAUCGCUUCCCAGAAGAGUCCGGCCAUUUUAUCGACCCAAGCCUGACCGGGCAUCACCUCACUCUGCCACCUCCACAGAUGACAUAUUUGCCGCGGCCAUCUGUGUGUUACCCUCACAGCGUACAGCCGUCUCCUCUUCAGCGCAGCUCGGAUGACGAUGACCCCGGCAGUCGCAGUCCUCCACUGGAGGUGUCUGAUGAGGAGUGUAUGAGAGACCACAUUACAUCAACAACAGGAGGAGAGCAUGGUAACAAGAAGAAAAUCCGCUUGUAUCAGUUCCUGCUGGACCUUCUGCGAAAUGGUGACAUGAAGGACAGCAUCUGGUGGGUUGACCGAGAAAAAGGAACAUUCCAGUUCUCUUCCAAGCACAAAGAGGCUUUAGCACACCGCUGGGGCGUACAGAAGGGAAACCGCAAGAAGAUGACCUACCAGAAGAUGGCAAGGGCGCUGAGAAACUAUGGCAAGACGGGAGAAGUCAGGAAGAUCAAGAAAAAACUCACCUACCAGUUCAGUGGAGAGGUACUUGGGAAGAGCCACACAGAAAGGAAGCUUUACAUGUAAAAAGACUUGGAGAAAACAAGAAGGAACCUUUUUCCUCUAUGAAAACAGCAAAUUAUAAAAUGGACCAGAACUCAGACCAGACCCUAUGGUUUGAAACGCCACAAUUUAAUUUUGCAUUCCUUUUUUAUUAUUCACCUUUGCAUUAAUGAAGAAGACUUUAAGUCCUUAAUAUUUCAGUAGCUUUUGUGACACAGGACUGUACGUCUGUAUAGUGUAUAUAUAUGGAAAGGACAUGUUUAAAGAGCAAAUAAAUUGACCAAAAGUGGGUAGAUUUUAAAAAUUAGACAAAAAACUAUUCUUGAGUUAAAGACAGUUGCAAACUUCACCACCACGCAUGACGGAAAAAAAAAUCACAAAAAUACAAAAAGCAGAAGUGAAAACCAAUGACACAGGCUCACACAGCACGGAAAACUCUGUCACGUCUGGGUAAAACACACACACACACACACACACACACACACACACACACAGACCGAUUCUAUGCUCAUGUUUGUACUGUCUUUCUCUCAUUACAUUUCAUCUGAAGAAAAAGAAACAUCUUUAUAGAACCAAGACGAAUAAACAUUAAUUGUUAAUAGAAAAAGUGAGCAGUGUGUUUGCUGUAAACCAUUUGUUUAAAAGGCCAUAUCAUGCUUCAGGGUAAUUUCUCAGCAGUGUAAUGACUCAUUGCAACUGUUUAAAUAUAACCUUAAAAAUACGAAUCAGAGCCUAAGAACUGGGGGAAAAUCUGAGUGAACACAGAACAGGCCAAAAAUGCUUAAAAUUACUUUUUACGAGGACCGACAAAGCAAUGCUAAGAACAUGCUGAUAGAUCUAUGGCCAGGUGGAGUGAUCAUUAAUUAUCCAUUUAAUACAAAAUUCUUAAUGACUUUGAUUAAAUUCAAUACAAAGCUGGCAGACUAGAAUUUUUAACAGUAUUCUCACUAAACACAAGAAAUUUCAAGCAACAAACCUUCAUCAAACAUCCUUUAGGAUCAACAGUUUUGUUACUUAAAACGAUUUCACGUUUUUACAUUAAAAAUGUUUAAUUCCAUGUACAAUAUAUUUUUUUGGUUGUGGAUUUCUACAUUUGGUUAAGGUAUUUAAAAUUUUAAGGGGAGACACUGCAGGCAAAAACGCUGUUUUUUUCAUGCACCUGUCAAGUUUGAGAUUUUAGCCUUUUUGGUUUGUCAGUGUCGUACUACUCAUUUCAGUGUUUUUUUCAGACUAGCGGAGAGAAAACAUCCAAAAUACACUGUUAAGUGUUUCUUUUAUAGCACUUCUAUCUAUUUGUCAAUAGAUUUCAAUUACAAUCCAUAUUUUUUAAAGCCUGUUUUCUAAAAUUAGCUUUUUCUCCUACAUUGAGCCAUAAAUCUCCACUUGAGUAGCACUUACACACCAAACUUUAUAUUUAUAUUCCUGUCUAUAUCCUAAAGGUUUUUACAGAGGGAUUUGUUGAUAUAUAAUUUGCCUGAUUUUAUACAACAUUUUAUUCCACCCACCCAAAAAAAAAAAAAAAAAAAAAUUAAAAAUAUAUUGUU